AUGGCCACAGUCAACCAAAUCGUCCCUGGUUUCAGCCUAACCAACCGCUGGCUCCUCUACACCAGCUUCAUGCUCUCACCCGCCCAAUACAUCUCCGGCAUCGGCAGCAACCUCCCUACCAACAUCGGCUUCCUCGCCUACAACUGGUACACCCAGAUCCAGUGGUACCGCGCCGUCCAGAACAAGGAACUACAGGCGCUCUCCCUGCUCCCCGUGCACUUCAACCUCAUCUACGCGGUCACAUACCUCGGCGGCGUGACGUGCGGCAACCUCCCCAUGGCGGUGGUUCUCGGCGCCGGCACGGCGGGCGUUCUUGUGCUGAACACGGUGUCCGCGUGGAUGAGCUGGGCGACAAACCAGCCGGACGGGUACGGCGAGUACGAGUUCUUCUUCUUUGGCUGGCGUACUCUAAGUGAGGGGUGGCAUAAGUUUGUGCUGGUUUGGCAGAUUGGUGAUUCGAUGUUUGCGUGUGCGGGCGUCUUGAUGGCCUUUUAUGUGGCUGUGAAAUCGGUGUUUACGGACGAUCAUGAUGGAGGUGCUUCUGUUGUUGUUCCGUGGCGGGGAAAGUCGAAGACGAGUGUUUCCAAGUUCAAGUAUCAUGCUAUUCUGUUGGGUGCGGUGGUGGUUAUGGCGGGAGGUUGGCCGCUCAUCUUGUGGACGGAGUUGAUUGUGCAGAGGAACAAUGUUGCGUCUGAUACUGACAUGGUGGCUGUGUGGUUGUUUGUUGCUCAGGUUGUUGCCUUGAUUCUGCCGGGUUUUGAGACCGUCUGGGCGGUCAUGUCGUGUGGUUGGAGGCGCAAAAAUGGGCCUUGA